AUGUGGCCAGCCCAACUUCCAGAAUCGACUCUCCCGGAAGCAGCGCAAAACCGUUUCUUCCGGCCACGUGUCAGCCCCAGAACGAGCCGCAAUUUUUUUUUUCCGCUUUCCUCUUUCUUCAUCUUCUUCUCGUCAAAUUCUUCUUCCGAUUUUCCUGGAUGAGUUGAAACAGUGAGAGCAGAUCCUGUUACGAGCAAGCUGACUCUGAUUGGAUUCAUGGACCCAAUGAAGACUACAGAGAAACUGCAGAGGAAGAGCAAGAAGACGAUUGAACUCAUAUCUCCAAAACCAAAGAAAGAAGCUAAAGUAAACAAUGAAGCAAUGGCUGAUACUAAAACUGUGACUAUGGGAGCAAAGAAACGCUUGCAGAUAAGUAUAAAUAUAUCAUGCACAUGA